GUUAAUAACUUAAAUUUUAUUUUCUCUUAAUCCCGCUGAAAAACUCGGAAAUUUUUUUUUUAAAGAAAAAACAGAGGAUCUUAUAGGAGAGUCCUCUUCGAUUCGCCGAAAGAAGUAAAAGAGCCUGUCGAUCGAUCGAUCUAUCGAUUGCAUCGAAGAGAACGAACGGAGAAGACGACGAAGGCGAUCUCGCGGGAGCUCUGAAGAAUGAAGGAGAUCAGAUCGAUGAGGCCCUGCUGCGCGUGAAUGGAAACCCUAGGCGCUCCUUGGAUCAGAUCCGCGGUAACUGUAAUCGCCGUGAUCGCGCUCGCCUUCUCCGGCGGCUGAAGCGAUCGCUUUCUAGGGUUUCGAUCUCACUGCGAUGGGGGGCUCUGAUGGAGGUGAAGGCGGGAGCAUCGUCGACUGCUCGGUUGGGACGAUAGUUUGGGUGAGGAGAAGGAAUGGAUCGUGGUGGCCGGGGAGGAUUCUGGGGCCGGAGGAGCUCUCGGCGUCGCAUCUUAUGUCGCCGAGAUCGGGGACGCCGGUGAAGCUUUUGGGGCGAGAAGAUGCCAGCGUAGACUGGUACAAUCUAGAGAAAUCUAAACGCGUGAAGGCAUUUCGGUGUGGAGAAUUUGAUGCUUGUAUCGAAAGGGCUGAAGCCUCCCAAGGCAUUCCUAUAAAGAAAAGGGAGAAAUAUGCACGUAGAGAGGAUGCUAUUCUUCAUGCUCUUGAGCUCGAGAAACAGCAGCUUGGUAUGAAACAUCAGAAACUUGGAACAAUUUCUAAUGGUUCAAGCCAUAGAAGUUCGGGUGCUCAUAGAAGAGAGUUGCAUAGCUUCUCUUCAGAUAUUUACAUGAGAGAUGAUGAGUCUAAACUUCAUAGCAAAUAUGCAAACAAAUCUUAUACGUUCCCGAGAAAGGCAGUUUUGUCAGGUGAAGAAGAGAAUAUGAGCAAUUCGUUGUAUGUUCAUAAAGGAAAAGCUAGUAAGCGAUCUGGCUGGGAAGAGUAUAAUGAUGACUCCCUUCCUCGGAUGAGAGGACUUCAGGACUUUGGUCUAAGGAUUGCUCCGCCGAAGAAAAAAUUCUCCCAGUGUGUCACGUGGGAAGCUUCCCACAAGCCUGUUGACCCUUAUGCGGACAAUAUUUCCAAUAUGGGGGAUAUGAUGAUUGAUAAAAGACAUACUGGUAGCAGCAAAAGUUCCUCAGCAAUUAAGAGGAAAAGAACACAAGGUGGUAAUGAUGAAGAUUCUAUUGUUAAGAAACGAGACAGGCGUCGGCCACUUCAUCAAGUUUUGCAGAGCAGUGCAAAAUUACCAGCUUCUCAUUCUUUUCAUUCUGAGUAUGAUUCUUCUGGCAUUCCAAUGGAUGGAGAAAUGGAUCAUAUGGGUGCGCAUGUANCUCUGGAUGAUAAUGGAUAUCCUUAUGAAGAGAUCCCCAGUACAACAACUCAGCUUGGAACCAGCAACCAUCUUGAUUACCCUGGUACUUGGGCAGAGGAGUAUUCCUCUUCUGGCUUGGCUGAAGAGACUGAAUCUGAUUCAUCUGAAACUGACUAUUUGGAGCCUGACCCGGGAGAAGAAGGAAACUUGACAGAUACAACUCAGACACAGUUGCCACAGCCAAAAGAUUGUGAACCUUCUGUACUUCAAGUUUCAGAAGACUACAGAGAUCUGGACAGCAUUGAAGUGCCUCCUCUUGAUUAUACACCCCAUUUACGCCUUCAGGAUCAGAUGAUCGAUGCCUCUGCUGAUGCAGGAGUUUCCAAAUGGAACAUGAAGGGGAAGCGCAACAUACGAAAUUUACCAAAGAGGCACAUGGAUCUUAUGGAUGCCAAGGUCUCCGGUCAUGCGGAUGAGCACAAUGGUUUGGGCACCAGCUUUAAAAUGAGAACAAAUUCUUCUGGCCAUAGGGCUGCAGGACAAUCUUUCCACCAUAAGAAAGAAUCAUCCCACUUCGCUCCUGAUGGGGAUGAUAUGUUGGAGGAAGAUUUGGAUUACGGAAAUCGGAGAUACCCUUUUGCCUUGCAAGGGGUUAAAGACCAUGGUAGCUUCAAUGAUUCUGACAAUGAUUCUCAUUUAUUGUCCCCUACAAGCUGGAGAGCUGAUGGACCAUCAUCUCAUAUGGCCAGAAGAGGUGCUUUCUGGGAGGAGUCAGAUGAGGAAUUUGGCCCAAAUUAUGCUGAUCGUUUCAGUUACGAAAUGGAGUCCAUGAUCGUAGAUGUUGACAUCCAGGUUCAAAAGCGAAGCUAUCAAGGAGAGCAUGUCCCUUGGGUUUCUUUGUCGAGUAAAGGGAAUGGUGGCAAACCGAUUCUUGGUCACCCAGUUCAAAUUGAGAUACUAGAAGAUGGUUCAAGUGGCCAUCUUGUAUCAAGAUAUGACUUUGGUGUAGAGGAAAGUUCUAUACCGCCUGCUUUCAGGAGAACAGCCAAAAGGACUGUAAUGCAUCGAAUGCCUCGUUCUCACCCAGCAACAUCAGCGUUUGAGGAGGAUGCUGACCAACUCGAUUCAGAUCAAGACAUAAGACCGCCUCUUAAGAAAGCAUACACUAAUUACUUUAAGAAGAGAAAUUCUAAUGCUCGACGGCCUACAAUGCCAGUCAAAUCCCAGAAGAAACCUGUGAAGAAAGCUAACAUUUCAAACCAGAAAACGAGGACUCUUUCUUCUCUUGCAACUGAUAUGAAGAAUUUCAAGAGGAGUGAUAUAUUAGAUGGGUUGAUCAAACCCGAGGAAGGAAUUCCUCUGGUUACCUGUGUCCCUGUAAAAGUGGUAUUCAGUAGAAUAUUGGAAGCAGUUGGCAGGCCAUCAUCGGUCUUUCCUCAUCGAGCAAGACUGAACAGUCCUGCAGUCAGAGGUCUCUCGUAGGGAGUAUAGAUUUUAGUUUUUGUUCUCUGAAAAAACGGGUCUUGGUCUUGCCCCCAGAGUGAUCAAUGUAAAAUUUCACCGCAUCAAAAGUCGUGGGGUUAUGGCUCGCAUGGGAGAAGGUGAACGACUUCUAUCUCAAAGCCGAGCUUUAUAAUUUGACCUCUGCGUUGGCGGACUCCUGUAAAGUACUAACUGCAACUUUUUCCUGGUAGUAUAUUAGUUUUGUUCAGCCAUUUAAUAUAUAUACUUGGUUAAAUUUCUGAAAUCCUGUAAUAGUGUUAGAUUUGGAAUGCUUGAGAUUCGUAUAUGUCGGUUAUUUAAUAGUCUCUGUUGCAAAUGUGUAAGAGCUUUUAUUAUAGAGAAAUUCAGCUGUAGUUUAUGAAAAAUGUGAGACGAUUACAGUUAGGGGAGCGUGUAAUUGUAUCUGUUAUUGUUACAAUAAUCUCACAUCUAAGCUUUGCUAAAUUUUCAUUCUA